AAGAAAAUGAUGACUAAUGAUGGUGCAUGUGGUCAAAGGCCAAGACUGCUUGUGGUUGCUAACCGGCUUCCCGUUUCUGCAAAGAAAACCGGGGAAAAUUCUUGGUCUAUGAAAAUGAGUCCUGGUGGUUUAGUCAGUGGUCUUCUAGGUGUGACAUCUCAAUUUGAUACCAAAUGGGUUGGAUGGCCUGGAGUUGAUGUGUAUAAUGAAGUUGAGAAAACUGCACUAUCUAAAUCGCUAGCUGAAAUGAACUGCAUCCCUGUGUUCCUUAAUGAAGUUUUUGAUCAAUACUACAAUGGUUAUUGCAACGGUAUUCUGUGGCCAAUCCUUCAUUACAUGGGACUUCCACAAGAAGAUCCUCAUGACACAAACAAAACUUUUGAAACACAAUAUGAUGCGUACAAGAAAGCAAACCGAAUGUUUCUUGAUGCCAUAGUUGAGAACUAUGAAGAAGGAGAUAUUGUUUGGUGCCAUGAUUAUCAUCUCAUGUUUCUUCCCAAAUAUCUCAAAGAAUACAACAACAACAUCAAAGUUGGAUGGUUUCUCCAUUCACCAUUUCCUUCCUCAGAGGUCUACAAAACCUUGCCAUCGCGAUCAGAGCUUCUUCGUUCCAUUCUUAGAGCUGAUCUACUCGGUUUCCACACAUACGAUUUUGCAAGCCAUUUCAUGAGUACAUGUACUCGAAUUCUUGGAGUUGAAGCAACAUUUGAAGGAGUUGUGGAUCAAGGCAGAGUCACUCGAGUAGCUGUUUUCCCCAUUGGAAUAGAUCCGGAUCGGUUUAUAAGAACAUGUAAGCUCCCUGAAGCCACACAGCAAAUUAAUGAGCUUAAAGAGAGGUUUGCUGGCAUAAAGGUAAUAUUAGGAGUUGAUCGUCUUGACACGAUCAAAGGGAUUCCAGAAAAGUAUCUUGCAUUUGAGAAAUUUCUUGAAGAAAAUCCGAAUUGGCGCCAUAAAGUAGUGCUAGUGCAAAUUGCUGUGCCAACAAGAAAUGAUGUCCCUGAAUACCGAAAGCUCAAAGACCAAGUUCAUGGACUGGUAGGACGCAUCAAUGGUCGAUUUGGUUCUGUCUCUUCUCUUCCAAUUCAUCAUCUGGACUGUUCUGUUGACUUCAGUUACUUGUGUGCACUGUACGCGGUUGCAGAUGUAAUGCUUGUAACAUCAUUGAGAGAUGGAAUGAAUCUUGUUAGUUAUGAAUUUGUUGCUUGUCAAGAGGCCAAAAAAGGAGUUCUUGUUCUCAGUGAGUUUGCAGGUGCUGCACAGUCUCUUGGUGCUGGAGCUCUUCUUGUGAACCCUUCGAAUGUUACAGAAGUUUCUUCUGCCAUUAAAGAAGCCUUAAUUAUGCCAGCUGAAGAAAGGGAAAAAAGAUAUAGAGUAAACUUUCAGUAUGUGUAUAUUCAUUCUGCUAAAAAAUGGGGAGAUGAUUUCAUGAGUGUACUCAAUGACACUAUUGCUGAAUCCGAGAUGCAACUUAGGAAAACCCCACAUGAACUUCCACAGCAAGAUAUGAUUCAACGAUAUUCGCAGUCUAACAAUAGACUGAUAAUCUUGGGUUUUAAUGGAACACUCACUGCGCCAAUGAGUAGCCAAACUAAGGAAAUGGAUCUUAAACUAAACUCAGAGCUAAAAGGAACACUGAGAGCAUUAUGCAAUGAUCCCAAAACAACAGUAGUUGUAUUGAGUAGAAGCGGAAGAGACAUAUUAGACAAAAAUUUUGGAAAGUAUAAUAUGUGGCUGGCUGCGGAAAAUGGAAGGUUCCUAAAGCGUUCUAAUGGAGAAUGGGUAACAAAUAUGCCUCAAAACAUGAACCUCGAUUGGGUUGAUAGUGCCAAGAUGUUGAAUUCGGGAGAGCACAAGCAAGAGACAUGUUACAAUACUUAUGUGGAGGACCAAUUUCUAAUGCAUCAGUUGAUGUUGUUCGAGGAAACCAUUCUGUUGAAGUCCAUGCCACUGGUGAGACUAAGGGGACAGAAAUUGGUCGUGUUUUGGGAGAAAUAGUGCAUAGAAAAUCUAUGACUACACCGUUUGAUUUUGUCUUUUGCAGUGGUUACUUC